AUGCCCUUCCCAGCUUUCGACCCAGCUCAAUACAGCUCUCCCGAGUUUACGCGUUACGCUGCUGUCCACGCAAGUCCUAAGGGCCCCGGCGAUUCGCGCCCAACUGCGGAGCAGAUUAUCAAAGAUGAGGGUCUCAAUGGCAAGCUUGCUGGGAAGACCAUUUUGAUUACUGGCUGCAGCUCUGGUAUAGGGAUUGAGACCGUCCGCGCCCUCAAGUUGACUGGUGCGCGCAUCUUCGCCACAGUCCGUGAUCUUGAGAAGGGCAAAAAAGCCCUUGGCGACAUCCUUGAGCCUGGCAAGGUCGAGCUCUCCCACCUUGACCUCAACUCGCUCACAUCUGUUCGCAAAUUCGCCGCCGAAUUCCUGGCCGCCAGUAACAACCAACUCAACAUCCUUAUCAACAAUGCCGGCAUCAUGUCCUGUCCUGAAGGCACUACUGAAGACGGGUUUGAGCUGCAGGUGGGCACCUGCCACCUCGCGCACUUUUUGCUCUUCCAGCUCGUCAAACCUGCGCUCCUUGCCUCCACCAGGCCCGAUUUCCACUCACGCGUAGUCAGCGUAGCAUCAAUGGCACAUCGCUAUUUUCCCCCCAAGCUCGACAACUUCCAGCUUCGUCACGGCGAAUACCACCCGGAGCAUGCCUAUGCCCAUGCUAAGACCGCAAACAUCUGGUUUGCAAACUACAUUGAGCGACAUUACGGGGCAAAGGGUCUCCACGGCCUAUCACUUCACCCUGGCGUCAUAUUCACAGCGCUGGCCAAAUUCAUUCCAGAGGAGCAGUUCGCCAGUUAUGCCAAGGAUCCUGUGUUGGCCGCCACGCGAAAGACUCCAGAGCAGGGUGCUGCUACGACGGUGUGGGCAGCUGUGGCGCACGUGUGGGAGGGGAGGGGAGGCUUGUAUCUGGACGACUGUCAGGUAAGUAAGCCGGUCGAAGAGGGGUGGGGACCUAUGGAAUCUGGGUACGUAGAGUGGACAUAUGACCCUGAGGGCGAGGAGAGGCUAUGGGUUAUGAGCAAUGAGCUUGUUGGGUUUAAGGAGGCGGGAGAUAAGUAA